CAGCAAGUUGCGUACCUCGGCUACGAGCCGGUGCGCAGCCGCACGGGCUUUUCGAUUCUGAACCCGCACUGCGAGGUCGACUACAAAAGCAAAAUGUGGAACGACACGAUUGGCGGCAUCAAGAACCAGUUCUUCCAGCACUACGCCGCGCAAAUCAGCGAGUCCUGUUUGCCUUCCGAGCUGAUUUCGCCGAGCGUCGACUACCUGCUCGGCAGCGUGCAGCGCCAGACGAUCAGCUACUGCUUCGUGAUCGACACGGUGCUGUACGAAGAAGAGCUCGAGCAGCUCAAGGACACGCUGUUGCAGCUCAUCGGGCUGCUGCCGGCGGACGCGAACGUCGCGCUGAUCACGUUUGGCGUCAACGUGGAGGUGUACAUGCUCGGAUUCGACAAGUGCAUCAAAACCUUCACGUUCAAAGGCACGUCAGAAAUUGCGACAAGAGACAUGAUUGCGCAGCUGAAGCUGUACCACGCGGGCCGCGUGAGCGGGCCAGACGGGCGCUACGUGUGUCGGCUCGCGAACGUGGAGGAGCUGCUGACGGCCGUGCUCGAGAACCUCUCCGUGCAGAACUGGUGCGUCGCGCAGGACAAGCGGCCGCCGCGCUGCACGGGCACGGCGAUUUCCGCGGCGAUCGGGUUGUUCGAGGCGCUGCUGCACGACUCGCCGUGUCGCAUCAUGCUGUUCAUCGGCGGGAUCUGCACGCGCGGCGCGGGCGCAGUAGUCGCGCCGGAAGUCGCAGUGCCGAUUCGGCAACACCAGCACCUCGCGAAGUCUGGCGCGGAGCUGAAGCAGUUCAAGCAGGCGCAGAGCUACUACGCGGCGCUCGCGCAGCGCGCAGUCGCGGCAGGGCAAGCGAUCGACUUGUUCUGCUGCGCGCUGGACCAGACCGGUCUCGCUGAAAUGCGCAGCCUCUCGGAGCGCACGGGCGGGAUCUGCGUGAUGACCGACAGUUUUUCAAUGAAUGUCUUCCGCGAGUCAGUGAAAGAGCUUAUGAAGGAAGAUGGGGUGCACUACGCCUACGCGUACAACGUGAACCUCAAGGUGAUCUGCAGCAAAGAAGUCGCGAUCGCCGGCGCGCUGGGCGUGGUGACGAGUUUGAAAAAGAGCUCGAACUUCGUGGACAGCGUGGAGGUCGGCGAGGGCGGCACGUUCGAGUGGGCGACGGGCGUGAUGCAUCCGAGCACAACGGUCGCGUUCUACUUCAGCUCGCUCGCGAACAACGCGAGCGCCGUCGCGGGCCGGCAGGCGACCGUGCAGUUCCAGUGCCAGUACAACACGCCCACGGGCGAACGCCGGCUGCGCGUGCACACGGUGACCUAUCCGUUCGCCAACGCGGGGCUCGCGCAGCUGGGCCCCGCGUUUGACCAGCAGACCGCGACGCUGGCGAUGGCGCGGCUCGCGGUGCACCGCAGCGACUCCGAAGGCAUGCUGGACACGUUCCGCUGGCUAGACCGCAAGCUGAUCCGCGUGAGCACGAUCUUCGGCAACUACCAGAAAGGCGUGCCCGAGAGCUUCCGGCUGCCGCAGGAAUUCGUCUACUACCCGACGUUCAUGUACCACUUCCGGCGCGGGCCGUUCAUCGAAAUGCUCAACAACUCACCAGACGAGACGGCGUUCUACCGGCUCUGUCUGCUGCGCGAAAACAUCCGGAACACGAUCACGAUGAUCGGGCCCACGCUGAUCAUGUACAACCUCGAGGACUGCGCGCCGCACCCGGUGAGCCUCGACAGCCUCAGUCUGAAGCCCGACUGCGUGCUGCUGAUGGACUCUUACUUCCACGUGGUGCUGUGGCACGGGCAAGCGAUCAUGCGCUGGCGCGAGCAGCGCUUCCACGAGCAGCCCGAGUACCAGAACCUCAAAAUGAUCCUCGAGGCGCCGGUCGCGGACGCGCUCGCGCUGCUGAAAAGCAAACUGCCCUGUCCGAAGUUCGUGAGCUGCGCAGCGGGCGGCUCACAAGAGCGUUUCAUCCUCGCGCGCGUCAACCCGAGCGUCGCCGUGAAAGGCCUCGCGGAAGACGCGGAGCAGCAGGCGGGCGCGAUUCUGACGGAAGAAGUCAGCCUCGUCACGUUCAUCCAGCACCUGGCAAAAUUCGUCACCCGAAUCUAG